AUGAAGCUCGCCAUCGCCACCACCAUCGCGACCCUCUCGGCCGUGGUCGUGUGCCAGCCGGUCGGACCCGAACCCAUCAAUCCGCGACAGGUCCUCCCCCCCGCUCCGCCCCCAUUCCCCGUCCGCUAUACGAGGUGCCGCCCCCCGCCUACCGGAUCCGCAACCCGCGGCUGCCCCGAAGGAGAGCAGUGCGUUCCCGACCCCCGUCAACAAGGUUCCAUCGGCAGCGAGUUGAUGGGCAUCUGCCUCCCCAAAUACCCACCGAGGUGCAAUGCGCGAGAGUACCCGUGCGCGGACUGGUGGUUGACCUGUUACGAAACCGACUAUCUCCCGACCCUGCAAUGUACCCGGACGGGACCAUGGUUGUGCAACGGUGUCUGCCUUUGGCCGCUGCCGUAUUGA